UCGGGGCCGGGGAUGGGGCUGGGGAGGAUGGGUUGUCCCCCGGGAUGCGGGGCCGGGGUAGAGCUGCAGGAUGUGAUGAGCACAGAGUGGCGCCGACGGCUCAGGAACCUGCCCCAGCACCGCACCGCAACCUUCCCAGAGCUGGGCCGAGGCCAACUGAGGGAAAGGUGUUUGGGCAGGGCUCAGCUUUCAUCCUUCCAAUGGUGGCCUUCCGUCCUCUCCUUCGCCAGGGACUGAUAUUGAUAAGAACAUGGCUGAAAGGUGCCUCCUGCCUUCUUCAGAGAAGACAGGGCCAGGAGGAACACAGCAACCAGCCAAGAAGCCAUCCCACACCCCGCUCUGCUUCCUCCCAUCAGAAAUCACCCAGCUCGAGCUUCGGCAAAACAUGGGGACAAAAUCCCCAAGGCUUGAUAAACAAGCUGCCAGGACCCAGUUAGGGGGCUGCCAAAUCUUGAAAGGGGGUGCCUCCUGUGGUCCCCAGCGGGUGCUGCUGGCAGCUACACCCUGUCCCCUGCUGGUUUUUCUCCCUAACCGGGCUGCCCAGCGCCCAGUUUUUGGCCGCACCCUGCGGGAUGUUCUCUGCGGGAAACGAAGCUGCAGGUGCUUGUCGAUGGGGAAAGCACGCGUGGGCUCAUCUGGCAGUUCUGGAAAAAUUGCAUUAGCAGGUGCUCCGCAACAAUGGGACGAGCUGUGUAAAGCACACAGUUCCCCCAAAACACAGGAAAGGCAGAGCUCGGUGAAUCACGCGGCCCACGUGGCAGGGUGGUACCUGCAAAGGCCAGGGCUGGGCACCGCCCCGGCAGCAUGGAGGGGAGGGAAGAGGCAAGAGGGAAGGGAAGGGGCUCGCAGGGCUGUCCCCACGGAGGCUCAGGCAGGGCGCUGGGUCCCCUGGGCUGCUCUGGGGGAAAACCCGACUUCAGCCAAGGCAGGGCUGAAGCCACCAGCAAGCACAAAGCUGCCAGCAGCGCCACCACCGAGGCUCCACAUGCCCUCCUUUCUGCAGCACCGCUGGCCUUGGCACCGGGGAGGGCUCAUGGCCCACACCCCUGGCAGCGAGAGACCUCCAGCAAGGGCAGGAAGGCAGCCCCGAGCCCCCGGCUGCCACGGGGAUGAAAAGCAGCAGGAAACUGCUUGCUGGGAGGAGGGGAGGAGAAAGGAAGAGAAGGCAUUUCAGGCUUUUGUUAACCACCGGGCUGACCGUGGCCCCUCUAGAAGGGAGGGGAAAAUUCCUUCCCAGUGGUGA